CCCUUCAGUAGCCUCUUGGCGACUGGUGGAAACUAUAACUUUCGGAAAUGUCAGUGUUUCGACGAUACUUACAUCUGGCUUCGAAACGGAGGCCCGGUUCGAAAGCCAAAAUGCACUGAAAGUCGCGUUUUUCCAAUGUUCAACACCAGAUUUCAUGCAGGCAGUACGUCAGGUUCAACGAUCCACCAUGCACAAAUUAUUGGCUCUCCUUGUCCUGGCCGGCGUGGCUUUAGCCCACCCGCCCUCCAUCCCCCGCCGCUGCUCCAACUACAACCUUUUCUCCACCUGGGACCCAUCCAUUCUGAUGGGUAGAGAAUGGAUCGUUGCCGCCUCAACCUUCAGUGGAUCCGUCUUCGGAUGGCAAACCGAAUACGAAAUGUGCGAUGCUUGGUUCACUUGCGGUGUCCCCCAUUGUGGAUCAUGCUCGUUCGUUAGUUUCCUCCCAAGCAACAGGUGGACCACAGGGGGAAUCGACGGCUGGAUCUUAGUGCAAUCCUCAUGGAAUUCUCGCUUCGAGCGCUAUGACUACGUUGAGAGCUUGUUCAGCAGAGCAUACAAUGGUGUUGACUUCCCAGUCUACAGAUGCUUCUCCAAGGAAAAUCUCGACAGGACCUUCUUCUCAUACAGGGAAGUUAUGGACCCGAACUUCUUCAAAUACGAUUCCUACGUAGACGAUCUUUCCUACUCUGUUGGUAUUCUGUCUUUCUGCCCGAGGAGAAACAUCCUUAUCUUGAUUGUCUGCAACAACUUCCAGUACCUGAACUACGUGGACAACUACCCGACUGUCAUCGUCCUGUCCCAGGACGCCAGACUCAACGCGGACCAGAAGGCCUUCGUCCUGUCCGAGCUUCAGAAGAACAACAUCAACCCCUACGGAGUCAUCCUCCGCGACAAUUUCGGCUGCAGACCCCGCAACCUCUUCACCCCGAGCAUCUACCUGUGAUCGCCCCACUCCCGGCGAUAACUCCACGGCUACCGACUCAGCGCGCGCCAGUUCGCUCGCAACGCAACCAGUGGCGAUUCUCGAUAGUUUCCUCCAUUUAAUUGUAUGCAGAACAAUCGAUUCUUGUCCAGGCAGCUUGCCUCGCCCGAAAUCGAUCUUUUUGAUGGGUUUAAAUGGAGACAAAACAGUGCUGGCAACUUCCAGAUUCGCCACUGAGUACAACCCAAUGCAAUGUCGUUUCAAGAGAAAUCUUCAAAUACAGAUCUGAAAGUCAACACAA